CUGCAAGCGGCUACGCUAAGAGCAUUACUCGGGAAUAAAGGCUUCAUUCUCGACACCCGCCCUCGUAUUCGGUUUUACUUUCUUCAUCGAAAUUAGUAAAACUCAAUUUGGCUCUUGCACUCGAGCGCACUGCCCCGAGUCAUAAUGUCGCACCUUCCCGAUGCCGGCCUUAAUGUCUCACGGUCACGAGGACGCUGGCGCGUUUACAUCUCAGAUUCUGGAGCUAUGGCUUCAGUUUCCUCGCCCGCUCAAGGACAUGGCCGAGCAGCUAGAGAGAAGGCGGGCGCGGCCCUAGCGGCCGCGCUUUCCGCUGAAAACAGGGCCAGGCCGAGCUGGCGCCGGUCGCGCGGGUCGACCCGCGCAAAACGUACGGGGCCGGCGCCUGUUUUCCCGGCCCGUAUCUGGCCAGCCUGCCCCGCCGCUCUUCGAAUGGCGCGCGGGAGGGCCCCGCGCUCCACCGUCUGCCCGGGGGCUCGGGCACACCAGGAAGUCCCACAGCGUGCAAGCGCUUGCCGCAAUUCUCGGGCAGAUGGUCUCGUCGGCGGCGCAGCGUGAAGCGCCUUCCGCACUCCCACCGGGGAGACGUCGGCGCUGCGGCUGCGCGCUCUAUUUACCGAGGCACGCGACAGCCCCAGCUGUUCUGCCGCGCGUGGGGAGCGUUAUAUGCGCCGCGGACGAGUCCUGCUCGAACUUCAGUUAGUGUUAGC